CAAGAACUCAGGCAUGGGUUGCUGGCUGGCGUAGAAAUCAGCUCGCAGUUCUUUGCCGGCGGAACACAAGAGCUCACUUCACAAUCUUCCCAGCAAGCCUCAAGUCUCGGCCAGCUUUCAAGAUCGCACUCAACUCAAGAUGAAAAUCAUCGCUUUCGCCGCCACCGUUGUCGCCACGCUCUCAGUCGCCGGCGCUGCUGGGCAGGCUUCUGUUCACCUGCGUAUCCACGAUAAGAACUGGUGCACCAUCACCAACGAGUCCCAAUGCAACGGGCAGAACUGGACGGGCAGCACUUGCUGUGCUGAUCCCAACUACGAAUGCCGCCGGGACGACAAUGGUCAGAAUGUGGAUCGCUGCCAGAAGAAAAAGGGCUCGAGCACUAACCCGGGCAACGGCGGGAAUAACGGUGGUUCGUGCACGAUCACGAACGAGUCCCAAUGUGACGGCCAAAACUGGACUGGCAGCACGUGCUGCGCAGACUCGAGCUACGAAUGCCGCUGGGACGACAACGGCCAGAACGUCAAGCGCUGCCAGAAAAAGCACUGGUAAGCUGGUAUCGUCGUCACUACGGCCCUUGGACGUAGCUGAAGACAACAAUCAUGCCAACCUCACUGCUUCACAUUUCUUUACAUGGUUGUAACUGGGAUUUUAACAGCAUUUUGCUCCAAAAUGAAUAUAUAAAACCACGAGUUUAUUCCCAUCGUGUAAGACAGGGAUGAUUCUACCUCGUCAGAUUUGUUAAUCUUACAAGGCUAUUCCCCUCCAAAUCUGCUUGGUGUCAUGAUAUGGUAUGUUUGUUCCCAUCAAAGUUGGAAGUAUCAAUCAC